UUGAUGGAGAACAGGACAGAAGUGACUCAGUUCAUCCUGCUGGGACUGACCACUGAUCCAGGUCUGCAGCUUCCCCUCUUUGUGACCUUCUUCCUCAUCUACACCAUCACUCUGGCUGGGAACCUGGGGAUGAUCCUGUUGAUUGUCUUGGACUCCCRUCUCCACACUCCCAUGUACUUUUUCCUGGGUAACCUGUCUCUGGUGGACUUGUGCUACUCUUCAGCUGUCACACCCAUGGUCAUGGCUGGGCUCUUUCCUGGAGACAAGGUCUUCUCCUACAAUGCUUGUGCUGCUCAGAUGUUCUUUGUAACAGGYUUCGCUACUGUGGAAAACUGCCUCCUGGCCUCAAUGGCCUAUGACCGCUAUGCAGCMGUGUGUAAGCCCCUGCACUACACCACCACCAUGACAACACUUGUGUGUGCAAGUCUGAUCCUAGGCUGCUAUGUCUGUGGAUUUUUGAGUGCUUCCAUCUACACUGGGAACACGUUCAUUCUCUCUUUCUGUAAGUCCAAUGUGGUCCACCAUUUUUUCUGUGAUAUGCCAGCACUUAUGAUUCUUUCUUGUUCUAACAGAUAUGUGAAUGACCUGGUUCUUAUUUACAUUGCCAGCUUCAAUAUCUUUUUUGCUCUCCUAGUUAUCUUAAUAUCCUACAUGUUCAUUUUUAUCACCAUCCUAAAGAUGCGCUCAGGUGCAGGACAUAGGAAGGCUCUGUCCACCUGUGCCUCCCACUUCACCGCAGUCUCCAUUUUCUAUGGGACCAGUAUCUUCAUGUACUUACAGCCCAGCUCCAGUCACUCCAUGGACAAGGACAAGAUCGCCUCUGUGUUCUACACUCUUGUCACUCCCAUGUUUUUGACUUACAGUCAAUUUUGUUUAAGAAUAAGCUCUUUUGAGGAAACCCAAGAUGGCGGGCCAGAGGAAGGCCGUCUUCUGUGUCCAUCUGUGACCUGGGUCUCACACAGUGGGAACACUGCAUCUCUGAGAGUGAUAGAGGACCACUGUACAGCUGUUCUUGCGAAGAAAUCACCAGCACUGUGCCUGCGUGGGGUUCCAGGCCUCAGCAUUGGAGCAGGACUCCCAGCUCCCGCCACCCAACUCUGGGCUUGCGAGCGCCUUAGCAGGAUCAUCUAUCAGCAUCACUGCAGAACUCCAAUGUUGCUUUGCUCUGACACAGGCCACUCAGCURCUAUCUACCCUAAGCACGAUGCCAUCGCCUGGUUCCCCCCACACCACUCAACACCCCGGCGCUGGAAGCAGACUGCCUCCAGUUUGGCUCACCUUCCUUGCCAUAUUUGGUGGGGGCAGCUCCCAGAUUAA